AUGGACUUCCUCCCCACGAUCUAUUAUGUGGGCUCCGCCAUCUUUAUCGCAUAUUGUAUUGAUUGCAUUCGUCUAGCAUUUCGACCGGGGUUCCGCAAGCUGCCAGGUCCCCUGUCUGCUCGAUUCUCCCGUCUUUACCGUCUGUCUCUCGUUGCCGGAGGGAAGGCUCCCGAAGAGUAUAGGAAGGUCCAUGAAGACUACGGUCCAAUUGUGCGCGUGGGUCCGAAUCAUGUCUCGGUCGCAGACCCGUCCGAGAUUCCUGUGAUCUAUGGGAUUGGGAGCAAGUUUUUCAAGACCGAGUUCUACAACACAAUGAGUCCUUGGUACCAGGGUAAAGUCAUGCCUAGCGUCUUCACCGAGCGCGACCCCAUGGCGCACCGGAACUUGAAGAGACCUGUUGCCCAAUUGUUCGGAAUGACCAACAUGCGAAACUAUGAGCCGUACGCGGAUGAGUGCACCAGCAUCUUCAUCAGCGCCAUGCGCGAUCUCGAGGGUCAGCCGAUCGACCUGUCAGUUUGGGUUCAGUGGUACGCCUUCGAUGUCAUUGCCAGCAUGACUUUUCAGCGACGGUUCGGGUUUUUAGAGGAACGCCGCGACAUCAACAACAUGAUUGGAGACCUUGAUGGAGUUCUCCAAUACGUCAAGAUCAUCGGUCAGUAUCCCGAACUACAUCCCUGGUUGCUUGGAAACAGAAACGUCGUGCGAGCCUUGGAGUGGCUAUUCCCACAAAUUCCCGAUCCUUUGUACAGGUUCCUGAAGAUCACUGAAGAGGAGAUUGCGGGAUACGACAACCAGGGAGAGAAAGCAGGUCGGACAGAUUUUCUCGCCCAGCUCAGGGAGAAGGAGGCCAAAGAUGGGAAAAUCCCAUUCAGGGACAUGAUGAACCAUCUGUCCAACAACAUUAUUGCCGGCUCCGACACCACGGCGGUAUCAUUGCGCGCAUGUUUUUACUACCUUGUCAAGACGCCUCGAGUGUACGAGAAACUCGUGGCAGAAAUUGACGCGGCCGAGAAAAAUGGACAGCUGUCAACUUACAUAUCGUACGAGGAAUGUCUGAAGCUUCCGUAUCUACAAGCCGUGAUGAAAGAGGCCAUGCGGUUGCAUCCGGGCGUCGCCUUUCCUUUGGAGCGGUACGUGCCAGCCGAGGGCGCCACGAUCUGCGGCGUCUAUCUCCCUGGGGGUACCAACGUCAGCAUCACGGCGCCCGUCAUCCAGAUGGACAAGACCGUCUUUGGGGAAGACGCAGACGAGUUCCGGCCCGAGCGCUGGCUCGACGCGUCGCCCGAGCACUUGAAGCUGAUGGAUCGCAGCUUUCUCGCGUUCGGCGCCGGAGCACGCACAUGCAUCGGCAAGAACAUCUCCAUCCUCGAGAUGGGCAAGUUCAUCCCACAGAUCCUGCGCCACUUUGACAUGGAGUGGGCGUCGAGCGAGCCGACAUGGAAGACCGAGGCGGCCUGGUUCUGGAAGCAGUCGGGCGUCAUUGUGCGAUUCAAGUGGCGAGGCAAGUUUUGA